AUUGGAUUUGGAUUUUGUGUUUAUAUAAUUUACAUUAUAAAAUUUGUUAUGGUUACUAUAAUUUUUUUUUCAAUUUUCAGUCAAAAAUGGGAUAUAUAUUUCUGUGGCAGUAUUCGAGCUGGCCGUCAGGAUGCGGAACUUUAUCGUACAAUUAUUGGUAAAUUGAAAUCUUACGGUACAGUUUUAACUGAAUUUGUAGGAACAAUAACAGAUGCAGAUGCAAUGACAGCAAAUGGUGAUUCUCAUGAAUUAUCAGAUAAAGAGAUCUAUGAAAAGGAUAUGAGAUUAUUGGAUCAGUCUGAAGCUGUAAUUGCUGAAGUUACUCAACCUUCACUCGGUGUUGGAUUUGAAAUAUCACGUGCUGUCACACUGAAUAAACCAUUACUCUGUCUGUAUCGGCCAUUACCCGGAAAAAUUCUUUCAUCUCUCGUUCGUGGUAUUCACAAUGGUGACACUUUCAACGUCAUAGAUUAUAAAGAAAAUGAUCUUGAUACUAUUUUGAUUGAUUUUUUUGAAAAGGUACGUGUUAUCAGAGAGAAGAGCAAAUCAGCAGACAGUACAGAAAUAACAUCAUCAUAAAUUGCACGAAUACAUUUAUAUAAGUUUAUAACAUCAUUUACUAUAACCUGUCACAAGUUUUUAAACCAAAAUUUAAAAAGAAAGAAACAAAAAGAUUAAAAUUUGGUUUAAACUUUAUAAAUACAAAAAAAUAUCAUGUUAAAAAUAUUUACAUCAUAUUUGAGAUUCAGAUAUAUGCAACAUUCCAAUUUUGUAAACAUAUUGUAUACUCUAUUAUUAUAUGUUUGUGUGUAGGAUGAAUCUUAUCAAAAGUUUGUGCAUUUUGGUAAAAUAAAACUGUAUAUAAAUAUAAGAAAAAAUCAUAAAUAGAAAAAGCACAUAAAUUAUAUCAAUUUUUUUAUUCUACAAUUUUUAACUGUUAUAUACUUAAAAAAAAUAAACUGCCAUUUUUAAGAGAAGAAAAAGUACUGUGUGUUAAUUUGGUCACUGAUGAAAUUUUUAGAUAUUAGCAUCGUUAUAUUUUUAAUGCCAUUUCAGUCAGUGAAUAAAGGAAUAUAAAAAUGAACAAUUUAAUUCAUUUUUAAGAUAUUUACAAUUAAAAGUUUAUAAAAUAUCUCAGCAACUGAGUUAAUACAAACAUAUUUAAUGUAGCAGUACAUAUAAUUAACAACUCGAGAUUAUACGGCGACCAUACUAAUCCAAUCAGUGAUCUCAACGUGUUCAUUUUAAUCCAUAAUUUUAAAAUUCAGAGAUUUUCUAAAUAUAAUUUAAUUUAGGAAUUUAUAAUAAAGUUGUCAUUAUUACUUUGUGAUGCUUACAUCUUUAGAGUUGAGUGUUAUGAAUUAUUUUUCUCAUAUUACUUCAAGCAUUGACACAAAGAAAAGAUUUAUACAGUAUAUUAAAUAUUUAAAAUAUAUUUUAUAUUGAAAAAAUAUAUAUUAUCCAUAAGGUUUUGGAUUAAUAUGAGGUGACUAAUCUACGUUUAACGGAUAUAUUAUGAUGGUUUUAUAAUAUAAUAUAUAGAAAAUAAAAAUAGAUUGGUCUUAAAAAUCAGACGAAUGGUUUGGUUAUUUAUAUGCCAGUAUUGUAAGCUAUAAAAAAUUAUUUUUGUAUUUGCUUUAUUUAAAUACAAUUAAUUUCU